AUGAAAUCGCCCAUUCCCGAUUACCUGCACCACGUGCUCGAGGUGGCGCGUCCCAACGACGGAGGCGCUGCUGCGGCAUACAUCGAGACGCUGGCCAAAGCCGACACGUCCAAGAUGGCAGUAGCUCUGGCCAUGGUCGACGGCAAUGUAUACUCUGCAGGAGACGACAGGGUCGAGUUUUCGAUCCAGUCCAUCGCAAAGGCGUUCGUAUACGCCAUGGCCAUCGAGGACUCUGGGCUCGAGGCAGUGUUGAAGAAGAUUGGCGUCGAGCCUUCAGGCGACAAGUUCAACCAACUCUCGCUCGAGCGCAACACGAACCGUCCGAUGAACCCGAUGAUCAACGCUGGAGCCAUCACCGCACACACGCUUGUCGUUUCGCCGACUGCGACGCUGCACCAACGGACCGAGCGCAUUCUCCAAGCCCUGUCGCGACUCGCAGGCCGCCAACUACGCGUCGACGAGGAGGUCUACGAGGCUGAGCUGAGGACUGCCGACAGAAACAUGGCUAUCGGCUACAUGCUCAAGGCUGCUGGUGUCAUCUCCUGCGAUCCUCAGGAGGCCGUCAGGGGCUACAUCAGACAGUGCUCCAUCAAUGUCAACGUCCAAGACUUGGCCAUGAUGUCCUCCGUCCUGGCCAACGGCGGCAUGCAUCCUCUCACCGGAGAGCAGAUGAUCCCGCAGACGAGUGUCCGUCAGGUCUUGUCCGUCAUGACGACCUGCGGCAUGUACGACGCUGCUGGUGAUUGGGUGUCCAACGUCGGCUUCCCGGCAAAGAGCGGUGUCGCAGGUGCCAUCAUCGGUGCUCUGCCCGGCCAAGUCGGCAUCGCCACCUUCUCUCCAAAGAUCGACGAACGCGGUAACAGCGUUCGUGGCGUCGCCAUGUGCGAACAACUUUCGCGCGACAUGGGACUACACAUGAUGGAUGUCAGUCACGUCGCACGAUCCACCGUCCAAACAAGUGUCUCCACCCUCGUCGAUGGCGAACACGAAAACCACAACAAGAACUGCGAGCGCAAGGUCAUCGUCUUCAAGCUAAGAGGUGCCGUACGUUUCCCCGGUGCAGAAAGAUUGACAAGAGCUCUGUCGCGGGAACUUGGAGAGUCAGACCCUAUGGACCCAGGAUCUGGCGACCACCGGAAUGCCUGCGCUAUCGUCUUUUCCUUCCGUCACGUCUACUCCCUGAACUUCAUCGCGCGACGACUCAUCCAUGAGAACAUCACACGACUGCUGACCGAGCAUAAAAAGCUGGUCAUUAUCGAUCCUUCGAGCGUACUGGAGUGGGAUCCCGCAAAAGCUAAGGAAGGCCGCAAUCCCAUGGUCGUCAAAGAUGACACCGAAGCUCGAGACUACAUUGGUGGCACCGGCUGUCAUGCCGUGUCCCAAGAUCCUGAAUGGUGA